AUGAAUCUGGAUUUCGAAUACAUUGCCGCUCAUAUCAGCGACUACAUUAAGAAUGAAAACUUCUUCGAUACUUUUGAGAUCGGAGAUAUCAAAACAAUCAUGAAAUAUUCACAAUUGACAGCUGAUCAGUACGUUACUCUUCUCAAACAAUCUUCAUCAACUAUUGAUGCUAAAGCAUUAUAUGUAUGUACACGAAAAACAAAUGUUACUAUCCAAAAUGUCGAAGAAAUUGUUUCAAUUCUGAAUUCUCUCAAAAAAUACAUGAAAUUCAAUAUAUUUGAUGGAAUUAUUGAUGUCUUAAAUCAAAGGGAGAAAAUAAUAAGUGAUUUUACGACGGCAAUUAACAGAUUUCAAAAUCAAAGUCAAACUAAUGAAAAUAACAAUCAUUCAAGAGAUAUUUUGACUAAAAUCGCUGAACUUAAGAACUCUAAUGAUUUUGAUUCCGUUUACAAAUUCUUUGAUGAACUUUCAGAGCAAGGAAAUCAGGAAAUGAUGUUAAAAUCAUAUGAAGAAGAACUUUGGAAAAAGACUAUGCCUAAAAAAGAUGAUGCUAAAUCUGAGAAGAAUGUAUUUCAUGCAGCAUGUGAGAAAGGAAAUCUCAAACUUGUUAAAUCACUUAUUGAAUGUGGUUGUGAUAAAGAAGCAAAUGAUAAUAAUUAUGGAAAUACUCCGCUCAUUUGGGCAUCAGGUAAUGGCAAUCUUGAAGUUGUAAAAUAUCUUAUCUCUAUUGGAGCUAAUAAAGAAGCAAGGGAUAAAGAUGGAAAUGCACCACUCAGUUGGGCAUCAGGUUAUAAUCAUCUUGAAGUUGUUAAAUAUCUUAUCUCUAUCGGAUCUAAUAAAGAAACAAGGGAUAAAAAUGGAAUGACUCCACUCGGUUGGGCAUCAAGAAGUGGUCAUCUUGAAGUUGUUAAAUAUCUUAUCUCUGAAGGACUAGAUAAAGAGGAAAAGGAUAAUAUUGGAUCUACUCCACUCAUAAAAGCAUCAUUCGGUGGUGCACUUGAAGUUGUUAAAUAUCUUGUCUCUAUUGGAGCUAAUAAAGAAGCAAAGGAUAAUAUAGGAUCUACUCCACUCAUAGAAGCAUCAUUCUAUGGUCAUCUUGAAGUUGUUAAAUAUCUUGUCUCUAUUGGAGCUAAUAAAGAAGCAAAGGAUAAAUAUGGAUGGACUCCACUCAUAAAAGCAUCAGCUAUUGGUCAUCUUGAAAUUGCUAAAUAUCUUAUAUCUGUUGGAGCCGAUAAGGAAGCAAAGACAAAUGAUGGACGAACUGCCUUUGACGUCGCUAAAGGAUCUGUGAAAGAAUAUUUUUUGUCAAUUUGA